AUGGUCCAGCUAAAUUCACUUCGAACUUGGAGGCUGUCCACGGCGGUGCAGCAGCACGCUGAAGGCACAGGUGCGCCCUCGCACCUGGGUGAGUUAAGGAAGCGUGGAAAACACCCUAUGCCGUUCUCGCCGCACCCCGCUGUGCAGGGCAGAGCCCGAGCGAGCAUCCCCGCAGACAAAGGCAGGACGUCCUCACCCCGGACCAAGUCCGGCGCGGCCCCGGCAGGUCCUCAGGCGGCAGCCCCGUCCCCUCCGGCGGCCCACGCCGGCAAGUUUGGGGAGGAGAGCCGCGCGCGGGUGGGGGAGAAGAGCGCCCUCGGGCCUAAGCCAGCCGUCACCGCGUCCCGCCGUCGCCACAGCCAGGGCCCGGCCCAAGCCCGGCGCGGCCCCGGCAGGUCCUCAGGCGGCAGCCCCGUCCCCUCCGGCGGCCCACGCCGUAACUUCAUUAUUAUUAUUAUUAUUUUCAUUGGAUAUCGUCAAAUAUUGGAAAAAGCCAUGCAGCUGUCUGGUGUAGAACAACUUGAAGCUUUGAAAGCUUUUGUAGAAGCAAUGGUGAACGAGAAUGUCAGUCUAGUCAUCUCACGUCAGCUACUGACAGAUUUCUGUACCCAUCUUCCAAGUCUUCCUGACAGCACAGCCAAAGAAAUUUACCACUUCACCUUGGAAAAGAUACAGCCUAGAGUUAUUUCAUUUGAAGAGCAGGUUGCGUCAAUAAGGCAACAUCUUGCAUCAAUCUAUGAGAAAGAAGAAGACUGGAGAAAUGCAGCACAAGUAUUGGUGGGGAUCCCUUUGGAAACAGGGCAGAAGCAAUACAAUGUAGAUUAUAAACUGGAGACCUACCUGAAAAUUGCCAGGCUGUAUCUGGAGGACGAUGACCCAGUUCAAGCAGAAGCUUAUAUUAAUCGAGCUUCCCUGCUUCAGAAUGAAUCAACUAAUGAACAGCUGCAAAUCCAUUAUAAGGUUUGCUAUGCUCGAGUUCUUGAUUACAGAAGAAAGUUCAUUGAGGCUGCCCAAAGAUACAACGAGCUCUCCUAUAAGAGCAUAGUCCAUGAAACUGAGCGACUGGAGGCAUUGAAGCAUGCUUUGCAUUGUACUAUUUUGGCAUCAGCAGGACAACAGCGUUCUCGCAUGCUCGCUACACUCUUCAAGGAUGAGAGAUGCCAGCAGCUUGCAGCCUAUGGGAUCUUGGAGAAAAUGUAUCUCGACAGAAUUAUCCGUGGAAAUCAACUGCAAGAGUUUGCAGCUAUGCUAAUGCCUCACCAGAAAGCAACUACAGCCGAUGGUUCCAGUAUCCUGGACAGAGCUGUUAUUGAACACAAUUUACUAUCUGCAAGCAAGCUUUACAACAACAUUACUUUUGAAGAGCUUGGAGCAUUACUAGAGAUCCCUGCAGCUAAGGCAGAAAAGAUAGCUUCUCAGAUGAUAACUGAGGGUCGCAUGAAUGGAUUCAUUGAUCAGAUUGACGGAAUUGUUCAUUUCGAGACUCGUGAAGCUUUGCCAACCUGGGACAAGCAGAUUCAGUCACUGUGUUUCCAGGUUAACAACCUGCUGGAGAAGAUAAGUCAGACAGCCCCAGAAUGGACAGCGCAGGCAAUGGAGGCCCAGAUGGCUCAGUGACUGUGCAGCCAUUGUCUGAAUGGAGGCAAUCAACUGCCUGCUGUGCUGGAAGAAGGGAGCUGAGUAGGACUGUGAAGCAAAUGAAUAACCCACCUUCUGCUUUCACUCUGGCUUAGGACACAAUUAGGUGAUACCAUGUUUGAUGUGACAGUCCCCCAGUUCUCUGAGCAUAGAGUGAUUCUGUUGCUGCUUCUGUGCUGCACUCUGCUGUCCUGAAAGCUGUGGUUUCCACAUAGAAAAGGCUGUAAUGUCUGCAGCAAGCUUUGGUUUUGGUUUAUUUAAUUUUAUUUUUUUUUCCACUGUAUUGCUAUAGCUUUGUAGCCCAUUACUUCCUAUGAUGCUUGUCCUGCUGUGAAAAUAUAUAAGUGCCAUGUUUCUUUUAGUUGUAAUUAUUCUAAUAAAGGCUGGAAUGAGCCACUUGGUUUAAGUGUUG